AUGCAGGGUCUGAGCUCGCGGGCGCACGCGUUCUCGGUGGAGGCGCUCGUGGGGACCGCGCCGCGCAAGAGGAUGAAAGCGGAGCAGCGCAAGGAGGAGAGAGCAGCCGGAGAGCUUGUGAGCGCGGAGCCGCUGGACGCGCGGGAAGCGCGGGAAGCGCGCGCGUGCACAGUGCUCAGUGAGGAAGAGGAGCGGGACACCCCAGGGGAGAGAAGACGCAAGGGCAGCCUGGUCCAGAGGAGAGCCACAGAGAGCGACAGUGAGGUGGACAAGGAGGUGACCGUGGAGCUUCAGGGCUCUGACCUGUGGAACAGAUUCCAUGAGAUUGGCACUGAGAUGAUAAUCACAAAGGCUGGGAGGAGGAUGUUUCCUUCUGUCCGCGUCAAAGUGAAAAACUUGGACCCUUUCAAACAGUACUACGUUGCCAUGGAUAUAAUGCCCGUGGAUUCAAAAAGAUACAGGUAUGUGUACCACAGCUCCCAGUGGAUGGUGGCUGGCAACACGGACCACUCGUGUAUAGCUCCCCGCCUCUACGUGCAUCCUGACUCCCCCUGCUCUGGAGAGACCUGGAUGCGGCAGGUCAUCAGCUUCGACAGGGUCAAACUGACCAACAAUGAAAUGGAUGACAAGGGCCACAUAAUACUUCAGUCGAUGCACAAGUACAAGCCCCGCAUCCACAUCAUUGUGCACGACCCCCACUUGGACCUCUCGCAGAUUCAGUCUCUCCCGGCCGAGGGAGUCCACAGCUUCUCCUUCCCCGAAACCCAGUUUACCACUGUCACGGCCUACCAGAACCAGCAGAUCACAAAGCUUAAAAUUGACCGGAAUCCGUUCGCCAAAGGCUUCAGGGAUCCUGGCAGAAACAGGGGGGUGUUGGAUGGAAUCCUUGAAUCCUACCCAUGGAGGACUCCUAUUAGCGUCGACCUAAAACCAUUUUCCACAGAGCCACAAGGAGGAAGCUCUGGGUCUCCACUGGGCUGUGGCACGCAGCCUCCACUGAAGGGCCUCCUGUCAGCAUCCUGCUCCUCCCCAUCCUUCCCGUUCGGUGUACCGUGCUCAGACACUUUGAGCCUGUCGCUCUGCUACAAGGUGUCCCCGUCGGCCAGCCUGCUGGGGGGUCGGCACUGCAGCUUCCCAGCAUCCCCAGACAGGCUUUGCGACUAUUUGGGCUGGCGGCCUAUGGUGGAGCACCCGUUCUUGUCCACGCUGCAUGGAAAGAAAGGACCUGGCUGCAGGCCUCAGUGCCUCCAGGGGCCUGCCGCUGUCCCUGCCAGUGAGCCCUCCCUGCAUGGGGGUGCGGCUGGUUCCGGGAUCCAUCAUGUCUCACUGCAUCGCGAACCUCUACCGCCGCCAUUACCCUCCCCAUAUGGCCUGUACAGCUACGGCCUCCCAAUCGGACCGCACUUCACAAGUGUUUCUCGGAACCUGAAAGUGGACAACAACAUGACUGUCACAUCCACUGAUGGAUUGUUGUCCCAGGCACCGUGGCACCCAGCCAUCAACCACUGUCUUUGACCACUCUGACAUUCCCUAAAAGCUCUCUCUCCAACUCAGCCACAGAACAUAUUGUGGAACAGGCAACCCCCCCACCCCACCCCCAUUUGGUAGAAAAUGAAAUGCAUGGUCUUUUUUGACCAUGA